UUAAUCAUGGCAUGCAAAUCCUCUUUGUAGUUUUGGGAGGUGUUUUACAAUCACUACUAAUCCCAAGAUCCUCCGUGGAAUACCGUGAUUUCCGGGAUCUGUGUGUUGCUAGGGGGAAGAUAGCGGCGCUUGGGACCUGUUGGAAAUGACGGGACUAGAAAUCGGAUUUCAAUAUAAAGACCUAAACAGUAAGCCUGGAAGAUAGCAAAGAAACUUCAUCCAAUCUGCGUGCUUAGGGGUGCAAAUCACCAUGGAGACACUAAUGAGUGCGGUGGCCCCCCGGUCUCCUGCCCCGGUGAAGAGGGCCUCAGAGGUGGACUUCCGUUCGGGGGCCACACUUGAGCAGCUGUCAGCCCAGGUGUCUGAACUGGUCACCCUGGAACAGGGGGAAUUUGGGGACCAGCUGGCUCUCGAGGUCCACACGGCCAAAGACUUCAUCUUCAACAUGCUGGGCCUAGUUCAGAAGGUGGACCAGCGCCUCCCUGUGGCCAACGAGUACCUGCUCCUGUCGGGUGGUGCCAGGGAGGGCGUCCUGGACAUCAACCCAGAGGAGCUGGGUGACUACGCCAAGGGGGCCGAUUUUGACUUGGACUUCACCCUCCUGGUGCCUGCUCUCAAGCUCCAUGAUCGCAACCAGCCAGUCACACUGGACAUGCGCCAGUCUGCCCCCUGUCACUCCUGGCUGUCCCUGCGUCUCUGCGACCCCAACACCCUGGCCAGGUGGAGGAUCUGCUGCCAGGAUGAGAACGGUCUCCCCCCUGAAGAGGAGGAGGACGACGAUGAAGAGGAAAGGGGGAUGAAUCACAAUGCCUCUGGGGCUGUUCCCCCGUCACUCCAGUCUUCCCAGCAGUCUCUGGACGGCUGCUACUUCUCCCCGGCACUGGUGGCAGACUGGUUCUGGGGAGUGGUGGGGGAAGCGGUGGAUGAACUGAGGCGCUCCCCCCAGAGAGGCAUUCCCAUCCCGGAGAGGCUGGAGCGCAACGGGCCCCUGACCACCCUCAUCCUCCAGGCGGGCUCCAGCCGCGUCCUCUAUGACCUGCUGCCCGUGGUGUCUUUCCGGGGCUGGCCCGCGGUGGCCCAGGGCUGGCUCACAGCCAACCACUUUUGGGAUGGGAAGAUCACGGAGGAGGAGGCCAUCUCUGGGUUCUACCUGCUGCCCUGCCCGGCCCCGAUGGGGGGGAGGCCCGACCGCGAGUGGAGGCUGGCCUUCUCGCGCAGUGAGGUUCAGUUGAAGAAGUGCAUCCCAUUCCCUGUGGCUCAGGCUUUCCAGGCUGCCAAGGCCGUGCUGUCUCGCGUCCUGGCACGACCCCGCACUGGGCUCAGCCCCUACCACCUCCGCACGCUCCUCUUCUGGGCCUGUGACCGCCUGCCCCCCGCCUACCUCUCCUCACCCGACCCAGACGCACCUGCCCGCCUCCUCCUGGGCCUCCUGGAUGACCUGGCCCACUGCAUCCUGGGUAAGAGCUGUCCCAACUACUUCCUGCCCCAGUGCAACAUGCUGGAGCAUCUGUCCGAUAGCCAGGCGCUGCUCGUGGCCCGGAAGCUGGCCCAUGUUCGUUCAGACCCAACCGAGCACCUCCGGGCAGCCUUGGACCAGGCCAGACAAGUAAGCCUGCUCAAACGGGAGGCGGCGGGCGCCACCAAUGGGCACGGGGGCUCCCCUGGGCAUGGAUACCUGGCCAGUGGCAUUAUCUCGCCCUCAGACGACAAGCUGGCCGCCAGGCUGCAGCAGCUGGUGACGGAAAACCCAGGAAAGUCCAUUUCCGUGUUUCUCAACCCCGACGACGUGACAAGGCCGCACUUCCGCAUCGACGACAAGUUCUACUGACCCGAGGGGCGUCGUCCACUCGCACCAAUAAGUCAAAUGGCAGGUCAGAGUUUGGCAAGUCAACCGGGAUGGCUGCCAAAACACUGCCAAGCAUCGCUGCUCCCUACGCUGCCCCCUACUGAUGGGCAACAAUGCUAAUGCUAACGAUGCUGCUGUAAGACACUGAGCAGGAGGGUGUCCCCAGAGAGCCCUAGGCUAGACAAAUCAACUUCUACUGUCCAUUUUAUGUCGAGAGUAAUGUCAGCAACGUCACAAUAGAAACAUUUCCAUUCGGCCGUUACCGUGGAGACGGAACGCUGCUCGAUUAACGAACUUGCCCUGGCGCAGUGUUUUUUUUGGGCCUGGUCUGGUGCUACAAAGCAAAGAGAGGAAUCGCUUGAGAAUACAGAAAAAGAAGUCUGCUGCUGCUUCUUUAGAAAAUGACUCAGUGUGGCCCGAAGGGUUUCUAGGCUUCUCUCCCCACCCUACUAGAAAAUAUCUUCUCCCUUUUCCUGUCCGAUCAAAGUGGGUGGUAUCAGAAUAAGAAAACCGGAAUUAAGGUACUAUGAUGUAACUGAAUGUAAUUUGGUGUGGGGAACUGCUUUGGUGUGGGGAUUUGUAUAUUUUUUUUCUUCCCUGUACUGCUUUAUCUAAUUUCUCUGUCCAAACUCUGCCCCUCUCUCUUUCACUAACUCCCUUUCUCAGGUAUUUUUUUUUUUUAUGUGAUUGUCUGGCCCAGGGCUGCACUACCAUUUCAACAUUAUGUGACGAAACGCACCAAAGAGCCACACUCAAGGGGUAUUUCGACCACCUCUUCAGAGAGGUGUGUGCCCGUGUUAACCGACCCGUAGUCAAUUUGAAUCCCCACCUUUUAUAAUCCUAAACAACACGCGGAUCCGACACAAAAUCCUAAACACUCGAGGCAGUUUAUCUUCAAAUAAGGCUCACAUCAUGUGCGGCUACCGACGUCGUUUCAUUGCAGUCCCUUUGAAAGUGGGUGAGAUGUUGUGUGAUUGACUACUGUAUGGGUAAACAGUUUUGUGUAAGGAGGACAGGGAGCGGGGGUUUAAGGCAGGGUUGGCUUCUGAAACCGAUAUUUGUAUUCUCUUUGAUCGCGUUCUGAUAUCUGCGUUUUCAGCAUUAGCGCUGCUCUAGGGUGUGACGGGUUCAAGGUUUCAACCAGACACAUAGACGGAAUUUGCACUUUUCUUUAGUGAUUCCAUGUUGUUGUUUUUUAUGGAAUUAAGUGCAUUUUUUAAUUAUUUUGUCCCCCACACCAUGUGCCUGACCAAUGGAUUUUUGUAAACGUGUGUUUAUAAUUUUACUUAUACAAGAAGGAUUAAUUACAUGCAGGCAAAUCCGUGUUUCACCUGUAAUUGUAGCCCCUUGCUGCACCUUUCCACUGGCAACCCACUUUUCAGCAGCUACCUGGUGCCAUUCACCAAGUGCCAUUCUUAGAUCUCGCCAGGGUUAUAGAAGUGAUUCUGAUCUGGUGUUUUAGACAAUUCCAGCAUCCCUUCUUAACCAUUCCGGUUGUGCUUUUUGGCGUUGGUUGGUUGCAUGGCUGAAAGACCCAGAUCCUCCUGGGAUGACCCAGUGUUUGAACUACGAAACACUUGAAUAUCAGCUUAUUUCUCAAUGCCUUGCCCACUUUUAAGGCCUCCAGUACGGCUGGCAACAAAACCCCCCUACAGCAUCAUCUAAUCUCUCAUCUUUGAUUGCAGGCAGCUCAUUUCAUUAGGUUCCAGCGGGACAUCAAGCCCAAACACAUAUCAAAAACACCCUGGAAUGAUUCAAGAUGAAACGCUUGAAAAUGAUGGAGUGCCAAGUAAAGAGUCUAGUUCAGGAUCACAUCAAAACAUACUGAGAGAGCAGAAAACAGCAGAUGGUGAAGGGCAUCCCUCAAAUAUUGAAUGAAUUUGCUCAAAUGUGGGUCAGAUUACUAGUGGAAAGGUGCAGCUAGCUGAGCUCAAUGAUGGCAACCAUAAGCCUUUGUUGACAGUUACCUUUGCCAAAUAUAAAUUGACCAAAAUUGGUUCUGAAAUGUUAUGAUUCCAAUAUUGAGGUGUAGUGGGUAUAGGUAUAUUGAGGUAUAAUAUAUUUUGGAAAAAUAAUAAUACAAAUGGAGAAUUCUUUAAGAAAAGUGCAAAGGGGGCCUGGUGUUGGUCAACGCUAUUUCAUGCCAGCUGGGUGAGGCUUAUCUAAGGGCUGUUUUCUUUACUCUUUCGUUUAGUCCUGUGUGUCUUAAGAUGGGGGAGUGUUUGAAACUCAGAGAAAGAGCUUUUGUAUGGUCUUGCCUCCACAAUUUGGAUCGCAGGAGGCUCCAAUGGUUUUUGUAAUAGUCCCUUUUUUCCUGAUUGGUUGGCCUGUGCGUGUGCGUGUGUGUGUGUGUGAGAGAUCAUCUGACGACAUAUCAAGCACUUAGACUGUGCUGAUCUUGAGUGACAAAGAAAUCCCCAGAAGAUGGGCAUGGAACAAAUGCACAGCAUGACUUAAACACGUUUAUGUGCUGGCUACCUAUUCUACAACCCCUCUGUAAAUCUCCUCCUCUCUCUUUGUCUCUUUAUUUAUGUCUUUCUGACUUGGGGACACCAGGUUGUCCAACUAGACAUGUCUUUUAGCUGUGGGACGGCCGGAAAGGCAGGGAGCCUCUGGCCCUGAGUAGAGAUUACUGCUAAAGGAAAGGGUCUCGUGUCUCUAUACUGUAUAAACCCAGACCGUAUUUAACCGUAAAACAGGCUUGCCCUCAGCUCUGAGUACAAGCUGCGGAAGGGUGAGUUACACAUAGCAGCCUAUUCCCUAGAAGUGCACUGCUCUGUUAAGUGCUCCGUGGAAUAUUACGUCACAGUGUUCCCAAGCCUCAUCAAACUCGUCAUAAUCCCAAAAAAACCCAAUCUUCAAGAUUCUACAUAUUCUAGAUUGUAUAGAAUGUGAUAGUAAAGUAACAGUACUACUUUUUGGGUACUUUGUACAGUAUAAUGGUACCACUGGUAUAAACGUGGCUAUGGUUUUCCGAACCGCUUCAGUUAGUGGAGUGAUUUAGCAGCUACUGCUGAAUGGUGAUGGUGCGUGCUUCUGUUCUGUGUAGCUUUGGUACGUGUGUGUGUGUGUGCGCGAGUCAGAAGGGCACCCAACCAAAGCAUGUGGGCGAUUGUAGAGGUACACAAGAAUGUAGUCCUAGGCUAGGCGGUGAAGUGUGGGGAUGGAAACCACCGGAUACCUUGUGCGUUUGGGGUCCUGGCGCGUUCAAGGUGGGGGAAUUCGACAUGCCAAAGCCCGAUCUUGUAGUGGUGUUGUAAGAUCCUUCGUGAACUUAUAUGCUCGUGGUCAGGAUGUUUCAAGGCUUCGUUCUGAGGUCCUUCCUAAUUGCUCCCCUACACAUUAAACCCACCACAACCCAACAUUGUGAUUAAGUUGUUUGAACAUUGUUCGAAUGUUGACAGACUUUCUGAUUGCUACCCUAGGGUUUCAAAUGUGUUUUCGUUUUUAAAAUAUGCACUGUCAGGAAUCUCUCACUAUGUACCUUUAUCUUCCUAUGGUAGUUAGUUAUCAUAGAAAAAUCUAUUAUACUUGAAUCAAUAUGCAGACACCAUCUGCAAGAUAUUCAGACAUACACACUUUAAAAGUUCAGCCCUAACCCAUAUUUCCAAUCUAAUUUCCAGUAGACUGAUGCUGAAAGAGCUGUCAUCCCCUUUUUAAAUUUCAAAUAUGUUUAUUGUAAAGUUCUAGAGUCUUUGUGGAAGUAAAUGAACUCGGCCGCAAAGGUUUGUAUCACAUAUUUUGAAUAAGGUGUGAUAGAUAUGACACAAUCACGUUUUCAGGCGACACUUUCCCAUCGCGUUCUUGUUCGAAGCGUGACAUCAUGACAGUGUGAGGUGACUGCAGUGAUAUAACUACUGAAUGUUAUGUUUUUUGUGCCUAAACUGCUGAUUAUUGUUUUUGAUUGAUACGCAUAAUGAAUGUAAGCGAUUUUUCACUCCUUGAUUCACUUAAAUAAUUAAGGUUUGAAUCAAAGAUAUCCCAAAAAGUCCUGAAUCAGUUAGGGUACCGCAUUAGAACUGAGGCAUUACGGUCAUGGACUCCCCCCUAUGUACCCUGAAAAAUAUCAGUAAAUUAAAGGUUUAACACAGCUCCUUUAUCGCGGUAUAAUUUCUUGGUGAAAACUCUAAACCCUACAGGGAUUCUUUUCAGUAUAAAUGAUGAACAGAAGUUCACAGCUUAGAGCAGUUUUCCAUGCAGAGAUGAAGACUGUCCAGACUUCCAACUGGCUGCUAUUUGGGAGCGUUUUGUAACUCGUUAUUGGUCUUUUAACGAAUCCAAUGAUGACGCCGGACAGGCCAAAUCUCCAACCCGCCCAAACAGUCUGAGCUGUCACAUGGUCUUUUCAAAUAGCUCUCUUACUAAGAGAACAUGUUCAUAAUUUCGCAGUAUUAUUCUGACUUCGUAGUGGGGUUUCUUGACUGCUAUGGGUCUUUAAAUGUUCUUCCUUAAUAAAGUGCAAAUUAAGUUUUUCUCGUCAUAUCAUGACUGUUUUGCUGUAUUUAUUGGUUUCUUUUGGUUGUAUUGAAUGACGCUAUAGCAUGAAAUAAACCGACAUGUCAAUCAUUUUGA